AUGAAAAUUUUAAUUAUUUAUGUGGCAUCAAUAGCGGUAUUCUAUUUUGUUGAUAAAUCGUUGGAUCUCUAAUUUAUCGAAUCAGACAAGCUAAAUCGAUAAUGCGAAACCAAAAUCGACAAUAAUAACUAAAGCAAAUAAUGUUGUGGCUAUAUUUGGGAAUCCAAUGAAACUAUGGUCACAUUUUAUUUUCGCUCAAAAACACCCUUACAACACAUACCUGAUAUCGUAAUUUAUUACUAAUAAUUCCCUGCUGAGUAAUAACUUAAUAUUACUGAGCUAAUUUUGGUUGACGCAAACAAUACAUUUCCCAUAGUCAAUGAAAAUUAAGCAGGAAUUGAGGAGUUAAGUAAGCAUCACUUAAAAGCCUUACCUUAUUCCUUUAAAUCAGGUGACUCAGAUGGAAACGAAAAUUAUAUAAUGACGCCUGAAUUAAUCACAGUUUCUGCAUAUGUUAUUUUUGUCAAGGGCUUGGACAUAGAAUUAGAGGCUUAUUUCAAAAAUAAUUUAAAAUAUUUAGAAGAUUCCUUUGUUACCUUCUUGUGCUUUGUCAUUUUGGCUUUGGCAAUCAAAAUGAUAAAUGAGGAUGAAGAAAAUCUACUGCCUUUAGGAAAAUAUAUAAAAGAAAAUCAACACCACAUGCUUUUGAUAAUAAUUCUAAUUGCACAACCUCUUAGACCCUUGUGUUUCUUUCCAGAAUUCGAAGCCGUAGAAUGGCUAAUCGGAUAAACCUGUUAUGCUGUAGGUGAAUUUCUAUUUUUGAGGUAUUUCUUGCAAGUUCUCUCCUUCCUAAAAGGUUAGGAUAACAAUACAAAUAAAGGUAGAAAUACUUUAAUAACAAUCUUUGUCAUUAUUCCUAUUAGCAUUGAUAGAUGGCUAAUUGCCUUUGAUAGUUAAUCAUUUGUAAUAAAGGACUUAGAAAAUCAAGUCGAUAACAUUCAUACCAUUAUGAUUGUGUGUUGGCUAUGUUUCUUGGUCUACUCGGGUAUAUUUGCUUAUGAGGUGAUGAUUAGUUUACAUUCAAAUUUAAUUAGACUUGACCUAUUUGUAAUUGCCAUCAUCUUCUUUAUAAUAUAUUCCUUCCAAAAGAGUUAAUUUUACUUGUAUUAUGAAAGAUUUGAUCAUCACUUGUUCAAUCCAAUAAAUAUGUUGAUGAUGGUUUCUUAUGUGGCUAUUUUGCUGGUAAUCGAUUUAAGGAAAGAGAGCGAAAAGAGCAAUGAAUUAUAACCUAUAAGACAUCGAAUCACCUAAGAUGAAGAACAUGGAGAUAACCUUGAUUUCACAAUUGCUGAGUAUUACAAAGAGAAAGCUAAUGAUGAUCAAGCAUUAAUUUGA